AUGAAGCACGACUGCGACGUCCUUGUUGUUGGAGCUGGACCAGUGGGUCUCACUCUCGCUCUUCUUUUAGGAUCUUACGGUCAUCGAAUCAUAGUCUUGGAACGGCAUGCCGCUAUCUAUCCUCUUCCUAGGGCAGUCAAUCUCAGUCAUGACGUUUUGCGGGUCUGGGAUGGAUUAGGUCUAUACUACGACUUGUUCGAAAGUGCCGUGGCAGAUGUUCGUGGCACGGUUUCGGAUGAGGUCGAAAUAAUCGGGGCUUCAGGACAGGUCCUCCGUCGAGUCCCUUACAACGGGCCAUCGAAGACUGGAACCAGCAGAACAUUUCGAAUUCACCAGCCAGCUUUGGAAAAGGUCUUGGAAACAGCCUGUCAAAAAAGGGGUAUAGCCGUAAUUCGGUCAACAGAGGUUGAAAAUGUACUCAAUACGGACUCCCAUGUUGAGGUAUCCGCUCAGGGUCCCAGUGGGAUUCAGAACUGGCUCGCACAAUUUGCUGUAGGCUGCGAUGGAGCAAAUAGUCUCGUUCGCAGGUCCGUUGGAUUCCCUUUCAUAGACUGUCCUGGUUCGAAUACGACGUGGCUAGUCGUCGAUGUUGCCCCAACGGUUCCCGGGGCUGGGGAGAAGUGGAAAGAUUUUCACAAUGCGAGAGUCCACAUGAAUCCUCAACGGCCACAUGCUUCUGUAUUUGGAACUCCGCAGCGCAGAAGAUGGGAGUUGAUGUUGCUCUCUGACGAGGAGAUUGCAAAGGCAUCGGACAGUGGAUUCAUAUGGUCUUUGAUAGCAGAGUUUGGCUGCAACCCUGAAAAUGCUCUCAUUGAGAAAAGCGCAGCUUUCUCGUCGAAGGGAGGGUGGUGUGAGACUUUUAAUAAAGGUCGAAUCCUUCUGGCUGGAGACGCAGCCCAUGUAACACCUACUUUUAUAGGGCAGGGACUCAAUUCAGGGGUGCGGGAUGCUAACUCUCUUUCUUGGAGGAUUGACCUUGCUCUUCGAUAUCCCGAGAGUAACUGGUGUCGUAUGUUUGAAGACUGGACUUCAGAGAGGUCAGGUGGAGUCCAGGAAUUAAUCAAAGCUUCUGUUGCUAUGGAAGCUCGAGUUACAGUGACUGAUUUGGAGCAAGCAAUGCGCCGUGAUGUAGAGUACAAUCAACGACCGUUCGCUCCUCAGAACCCUGAAAAACUGGGAUCGCCUGGCAUGUAUGCCUUGAACUCUGAGGAAGGAGAAGCAUUCCAUGAUGAGGUUGGCAGUCUUUUCAUCGAUGGGACGCUCCAGAUUGGAGAUAGACAUGGACGACUAUGCGACCAUUUUGGUGUUCAAAGCUGGCUAAUAUUCCUGUCGCCAGUAGGUGAAAGUAACAGCAAGACACAGAUAUGUUCAGAUAUAAUCAGGCGUUUCUCUGUUGUUCUAAAUGGGAAAAUCGUCUCUAUCGGCAACGAUAUCCACGACACGACAGGCGUGUUUUCCGCCUGGUUCAUGAAAUACGGUGCUCUAGGAGUCUUGUUGCGGCCAGACCAUUAUAUCUAUGGCGUAGCAAGGACUGCUACUGGGCUUGAAAGUCUUGUACGAGAUGCUCUUUGUCAUCUAGGUCUCCUCGGUGAGGAAACCGUUACCUUGAAACCUGAAUUACAGAACCGCCCAGUUGGUGACUUCGGGUCACAAAGCAUAGCUACCAAGUCGUUUCGCAGAUCAGAUCUGAAUAUCAAUAUGCUUCUCCUGAAAACCAUUGCAUUCUUCCCUCUUAUCACCCUCACCCUCUCCUCUCCCCUCCUCUCCAAAAGAGACGAAGCAUCAGUCCUCACCGGAAUCCAAAAGAUCGCAAACGCAACAAUCACACUCAACAACACCGUCGCCAGUUACCCCGGCGGCAUCGAAGGCACUAUUACAGCCGUCGAGAUCCUCUCGGACUCCUUCGCCGUCAUAAAUGCAAUCGUCUGCACAACCAACGACGCCAAACACUCGGCCAACUUUACGGAUGCAGAAUCUGAGUCCGUCGCCGAGGCGUUCAUCGCUACUCUCGUGCCGGUAGUUGAGUCCAGUCUGGCGACGAUCGAGAGUAAAAAGGCCGAUUUUGAGGACGGAUUCCUUGGUAUUGCGAGCUUGACGAGCUUGGUUGAAACGAUACUCAAAGAAAUCAAGAGUGAUAGUGAUGAUUUGGCGACUGCGAUUAUAGCCAAGUUGACUAGUACUUGGGCCUCGGUAGCGCCGUUGAUUGUAGCAGAGAUUGAUGAUGCCUUUGAUAAAGCCAUUGCGACAUUUGCCUCUUGA